UUGAUUAUGGGGCCUUGGGCUCUUCCCUGAAUGAUGGGGAUGAAGAAGCACUUCAAGGGACAGGCCACACCCUGAAGCAGCUGAAGGCAGGUAAGUUUGGGCCCACUUUCCUCAUUUGUUUCUCAUUUAAGCAUCCCAGUGAAAGACUGAGAUUUAGAUGGGGACAACUCAGGUCCCAGUGAGCUGCUGCUGUGAAGAAAACCAGAAAAGUCUGGAUUUUUGGCUAUUUCAACCAAGCAACACCUUUGUCCUAGGUUUGUCUUUUAGGUGCUGCUCCUCCUUUGGGUUUUCCUGUCGUAACUUAGGUCCCUGAGUCCCCUCUUAAGGGUGAUACAGAGGAGCAGAGCUGUCCCUGUCCCCAGCUGCACAAAUGCCCAUUUCAGUAAAUCCUCCUGUCCAUUACAUAUGGACUUCUGGGUACAGAACUUGGAGGAGUAGGUUUUAACAGCCCCAGAGGUUGAACCCACAGGCUGCCCACAAGAGAAAAGCUUGCCCAAAACCCCAUACAUUUUUGGGGCCCCUUACACAAAGCUGCAUCUUUUCUCUGGGCUUUAGGGCUCGAAAGCGCUCAGGGAGAUUCUUUGUUGCGUAAUUCAAAUACAGAUUCCCUUUUUUACCAAAGAAGGAAAACUCCAGCUCUAGGCCAUGUAAAUAACGGAUGUUGCCCACCUCUACUCUGUUCUGCUCCUGUGUGGGGAUAUGGGGCUUUUCCCAGUGCUUUUCCCUCCAGCCCUGAAUGGGUAAGGCACCUCCCUGCCCACCUGCCAGCCUGUGCUGAGCAGCCCUGGGGUGUCACUGGGCAGCUGGCACAUUCCAUUAGUGGCUGAGGUCUGUGGUGGGAGGUGGCUCACUGGGACGCCGGAGUCAGGAUGGGCAGGAAGAGCCCACCCAGGGAGCUGCUGCCUGUCACUGCCUGCAUCCCCUGCUCAUCCCACUGGACUAACCAACACACCUGGAAGUCGACUGACCUGGAAUUCAGUUGUGGGAACCCACAGCAAGCAAGAUUCUGGGACAUCAGGUGCAUCACCCACCACAAACAGACCCUAGCAGGUAUUGCAAAGACAGACAACGAGCAGACAGAGCAGAGGGAUGGAGCCAGAGGAAGUCACAGAUAGGCAGAAAGAUGGAUCUCUGCAGGAGAGACUGAUCCUCCUGCUGCUAUUAGGGGGACCAGAUACUCACAGUCAUGGGCUCCUGAGCCGUGCUGGAGGCUGGGGAGGUUUGGUCCUGCACGUGUCCCCGCUGGGUCCUUUGUGGCCCGGGCCACCGCCCGCAUCCUCGUGCCCCCUUGGCUCAUAGGGGGAUUGGACCUGCCCCACACAGUGUGCUAAGGAGCCUGAGACCCACUUGGGAGCUGCAGCCGGUCACUUGAUGCUGUAAUCCCUCCUCAUUACAAAAGAGACUCUGUUGUCUUUUGCCCUGUUCCCUCCUAAUCUUCUGAGUAAGCCCUGCGUGUUUAUAGAGGCGGCCGGAGGAGGGGGAGGCAGGGCUGGCUGCUCUGCUGCUCCUAACUCCUGGCACAGCCAUGGUGGCUGCCAGAAGAGAGGCAUUUUUCCUCUAAUUCUUUCCUGUUUGGUCCCUCUCUCCAUGUCACAAUCUUACAGGAACCCCAGGAGAUUAUGCAGGGCUGGAAUUUUCCACCAAGGCUGUAAAACACGGUGUGCUUGGGGGCUGCCCUCUCUUCCCUAGGUCAGUGAAACACCUGGUCCAUGCUCUGCUUGGCUCUCACAGGACAUUUCCCUGUCAUCUCUCACUGUCCCUGGAUGAGUUUGCCACCUCUUCCAGCUGUGGUUUGGAUGCAGAGGAUUUCCACUCUGCCACUGGUUCUCCAAGACUCUUUCCAUGUGUUCCCUUUCUUUUGCUCCUGCUUUUCCAGCACUGCUUGAGAGCUGUCACUGUGCUUCCUUGCACGAUAUUCUGGGAAACACUGGUCCUUGCCUUGCCCUCAAACUUCCACCAGGCCAGGGAACUCCUUCCCUCUGUCUUCCCAGGGUCCUUAGUCCCUUUUCUGCUCCUUCCCAAUUGUGACCGUCCUUCCCUUCUACCACCUCCUCAAUGCUUCUGCUCGGGUUUUAAGGACAUUCCCCUUCCAUGAGGCUCUGAAUCAAAAUCUUUUCUUAAUGCACUGGUCUUCCAUCGUUUAGGCAGCUGUGGGACACUGUGGAGAGGGAGCACAGGUCUCAUCCUUGCAGGUGAGAGCAGCUCCUCUAAUAACCAACUUUCUCCUGCACUUUGUCUUUGACACUCACUUAACAUCAGUAGUUGGGAUCAGUUUGUCCCAGUUGUAGUUUUCUCUUUCCUGUGACUGAUCCUUGACAAGAGGGGUGGGCUGUUUCACUGCUCCUCUGGAGCCAGGUGCUGCCUGGCAUCUGCCUGAUGUGGGAUUUCUGGUGCAGUCCUGGGAAUUGCUGCCAGUGGCAGGGAGAGCAUAGUUUAAAAUGUGGAUCAGUGCUCUGUGAAGGCACAUGGGAGCAGAGGGACCCUCUCUGAAGGGAAUGUGGUCUACUUCCAGGGCUGGAAUUGCUGAACAGGCAGGCUGAGCUAGAUCUUGAGGGUCUUAGGGUCUGAACCCUCAUCCCCACACACAGCAGGAGACCAAAAUGCUUCAGGUGAGAUAUUUGCUGCAGCUGUUUGGUGCAGUUUGGCUGCUCCUGGGGACGUGGAACAACAACCCCCUGAGUGUCCUGCUGUUUGUGGAGGGAUGUGCUGGCAUCUGGGGGCCUCUGCUGCCCUCCUCUGAGAGCAGCUCUGCUGGCAGCUCGUGAGCUCCGCAGCUGCCCUUGGGACAACAGGAAAUAUGUGUGGAAUUUAAUAUUAAAGUAAAUAACUGAAGGGCUACCAGCGUGGCAGAGCUGCUUGGAUCUCUUUCGACAUCUCCUGUGGCCUCAGACCCUGAGGAGGAAGAUGGUCUGAAAGCCUGCCUUGCUCAGCAGAGCAGGAAGCAAAGAGGUGCUGACAUCCAUCUUCAGCCUCAGAGCCCUGGAAUCAUCCUCAUUUUCUCCAUGCUAAAGAUGUAGAGAUUGAAUCGCUGUGCUGGGAGCUGAAUCCCUGCUUUGGGAAUGCCAAAGGGCCACUCUCAAUGCUGAGUUAGCAGCAGCUGGCUCCUGGGAAAGGCACAGUGCUCUCCUUGCUCUCUCCCAGAGAACAGUAAGUGUUUUUAGGGACAGCGGGUCCCAAAGCUUGGUGAAAUCCCUUUCCCUUCUCCAAUUUCAGUGCUGGGAUAGACACGGAGGCAGCUGGCAUCAGAGGUGUCUCUCCAAACUACAUGCUUCCUUGAAAUCUGAUGUAAUUUUAAAAAAAAAUUUGAACUGGGAAGUGUCUGGGGAGAUGCUGUUUUCCAUGGACAGGAUUUAGAGGAUUCAGAGGUUUGAGCUGGCCAGAAGUGUUUGAAGAGGAUGCAGUGACCCUGCAGUGCUUUUGUGAGGACCCCCAGGCUUGUUCCCCUUUUGCUGCAGAAUUCCUCACUAGUUCUUGCUGCCCUGUGCCAAGCUCCAUCUGACCCAAGUGCAUUUUGCUUUUAGGGGCUUGGAUGGUGACAAAUCUCUCACUUUGCCUCUGAUGUUGCACAGUUCAGUGCAUACAGCAUGAAAAUGAGGGAAGGGUCCUUGGUGAGGUCCCUUGCCUUAGGAAUUGUCGUGGGGAUUAGGUGCCAAAGGGAGGAUCAAACAUGCUGGUGCUGGAAAUCAGAGACCCCAGAGGAGCCUUGCUGCAGCCCUUGCAGCCAGCUGAGCAAACAUGUGGCACAGCCAAGGAGCCAGCCAGGAGGGGCUGGAGGGAGCCUGGAGUUUCAGGCCAUUUGUUCUCCUUUCCAUGCCAAUACCAUCUGGUUUGAGUUUGCUGGGUAAGGGGUGUCAGCAAGUCAGAUUCUGCUUUCCAAACUCAAAGAUAAUGCCUGCUCUUCCUUCCCUUCCCAGCCUCUCUCUGGUUUUCUUUUUCUUCUCCCCCUUUUCUUCUUCAUCAUUUCCCUUCCUUGUAUUUCCACUUUCCCCUUUUUCCUUUCCUUUUCUGCUUCUCUUCUGGGAAGAAGAGGGGAGUACUCUCUCCCCUAUGACAAGUUACUUUUUCAAGUUGCUGGGGUUCAGCACAUCCACCUCAAAGCUUCCUGCCAGCACUAUCAGUUCUCAUCCUUCCUGCCUUUGUUGGCUCCUGGAAGCACUUCUACCUUUCUAAUCCAAGGACCCUCUGUUGCUGCUGGCCAAGCCUUGGGAGUUAAUAAUUACAAAGACUAAUUACAUCUGUUGCUGCUUUGCAGAGCUGAAGAUCUUUCCCCUCCUCCCAAAAGUUCUCUGAAGAUAGCAAAGGUUGCAGCCAGAGACACAAACACCCCGGACACUCCGUUCCCAGACUUCAGAGCAUGGGCUUGGCCUGUGCUGUCCCUGUGGAUCCCAGCCAUGAGGCAGGGCAGGGCUGGAGGUGACACAGAUACCCAGGAGAUGCUGGGACAGAGAAUUGCUCCCUGUGUGGUAUCCACAGAAAAAUCCUGCAGUGGACACCAGGAUCACCAUGUCUGACUCUCCUGCCUCCGGUGUUGGGUCUGUCCCAGUGGCAGAAGAUGGACAGGCUGAGAGCAGGGAGGGAGCUGUCACUGUGUGUGAAGGCUCCAAAGGAGAACGGCUGCCUGGAGGGAAGCCCAGGGCAAUGGCAAGCCAGGUCAGUUUUGAGGAAGAGAGCCAGAAUCCACCCACUGUGGGACACUGGAAGCCCCUGAUGCCAUCCAAAGGCGACAAGGAGGAGGCAGAGAGUGGAUGCCAGGAUGCUGGAGGUGUGCACGAACCCCAGUCCACGGAGCAGCUCAACGUGUCCCGGCUGCGCAGCUCCUCGGUGGAGAUCCGGGAAAAGGGCUCGGAGUUCCUGAGGGAUGAGCUGCACAAAGCACAGAAGGAGCUGAAGCUCAAGGACAAAGAAUGUGAGAGAUUGUCAAAAGUUAGGGAACAGCUGGAACAGGAACUGGAGGAGUUAACAGCCAGCCUGUUUGAGGAAGCCCACAAGAUGGUGAGAGAAGCCAACACCAAACAGGCUGCGGCAGAGAAACAGCUCAGGGAGGCCCGGGGCAAGAUUGACAUGCUGCAGGCAGAGGUGACAGCCCUGAAGACGCUGGUGAUCACAUCCACGCCAUCCUCCCCGAACCGGGAGCUGCACCCUCAGCUGCAGAGCCCUUCCAAAGCUGGCUUCAGGAAGGGCCACGGGCGCAACAAGAGCACCAGCAGUGCCAUGGUGUCAGCUGCCAGCCAGAACGUGGCUCCAGAGCCCGUCAGCCGGGAGUGCAGAGAGGUCGACUCCAUUUUAUUUGCCGAGUUCCAGGCCUGGAAGGAAUCUCCAACUUUGGACAAAUCCUGCUCCUUCCUGGACAGAAUUUACCGAGAAGAUGUAGGACCUUGUCUGGACUUCACCAAGCAGGAGCUGUCGGAGCUGGUGCGAGAGGCAGUGGAGCAGAACACCCUGACCAUCGAGCCAGUGGCUUCCCAGGCUGUCCCUGUGGGGAAGGUGGCAGCAGAAGAGUGUGGUGGCCCCAAGAAAUGCGCUCUGAGUGGCCUCCCCAGGACCUGCAAGCACCGGAUCAUGCUGGGGGAUUCUGGGAAUUACUACUAUAUUUCCCCUUCCUGCAGGGCCAGGAUCACAGCAGUGUGCAACUUCUUCACCUACAUCCGCUACAUCCAGCAAGGCCUGGUGAGGCAGGAUGUGGAGCUGAUGUACUGGGAGGUCAUGCGGCUCCGGAGGGAGAUGUCUCUGGCCAAACUUGGAUUUUAUCCCAGCGAGAUGUAAGCAGAGCCCUGGGUGUGGAGGAAACUGCUCCUGGAGGAAGGGCUUGGAGUGCAGUGCCUGUCCUGCUCUCUCCUUCCCUCCCUUCCCUGUGCCUGGAGCAAGGAACAAGAGGCACAAGUUUCACCUUCAGCUGUCCCACUCCUCCAAGUGUGACUGGAAUGCAGCUGCCACGCUGCCCCUGGAGCUGGGCUGGCCCUGGCUGCUCCAGGAUGGCCAUCCAUGGACUCUGGAGUCUCCUGUAUGCAGUGUAUAUCCAUAUUUUUUAACCUUUUGUUUUUAUAUGCAGCCUGCUUUGGCAUAACCCGAGGCCAGGCCUGUGCAGGGUGGGAAUUCUGGACCUUCCUUGUGAGCCAG